AUGCAGACAACACGCGAGUCGAGUAGACAGAAGCGCUGCAACAAAAGGCGUAACUCAAGAAAGAAAUCAUUAUCGCCGUCCGAUUUGAAAUGCCAUCGCGGGGACACAAAAACCGAAUGCGGCAAACUGAGCAACAGAUCAUUGUCAGAGGGAUCGGUGAAAGUGAAACAUAGGAAGAGCAACAUACGCAGAACUUUGACCCACCCGUUCACUUGUUCGGAUGACAUUAGGGAUGUGACGAUGUUAGGUGUGUUCAAUAGGGAUGUGAAAGUGGACGUUGUUCCUCCGGAGAGUGACGAGUCUAAUUUGCCGCCGACGAGUAGUGAUCGGGACACGGAGGACGAUGGGCGCGCCUUGCGACCUCCGCCGAUCAGACCGCGGUGGGAUUCUGGGAGUGAGAUGGAUUCUUUAGUGUCGACUGUGGUCCGGAGAGCGUCGGCGAGACGACGCAGGACGCCAGCAAACCCAGAGUGGGGCGUCAACAGCGAACCGGGUGAAGCCAGCGAGCCGGAGGCCGGUCGCAUGCGUCCCGAAGACUACCGCCUCGUGUUCCUCAGUUCGGACUCCUCGUGCCGUGAGGACACGGAAGACUCCUCGUCCACGGCUUCCUCCGCCGCGCCGCCUGCGCCCGACGACUGCGACUGGGACUAUUUCGAGCCUGGCGCGGCGGCGGUGUUGCCCCCUCCACCCACACGCCAUAUACCACAACCCUGCCCGAGGCCUUGCUCCUGCGGCGCUGAACCUCGUAUAGUCGCAGUACCUGUGCCUGUGCCAGUACCAGUACCUGCUGCGCUCUGGCCAGCGAUACUCGCGUUCCCUUCUCAAACUCCACCGACACCGCACUGGAAUACGUAUCCGGGUUUCCCACCUCUCGAUGCGGCGGCACUCGCUCGGCUCACCACGGCCGCAGCCGUCGCCGUCACCGCCGCCGCCACUGCCUCCGCCACCGCCAACGCCAAUGCUGCAGCGAUAUCACAAACAAAACAUUUUACUAUGGCUACCGUAGAAACAUAUGAUAAAGCUAUACAGUCAGAAUCGUCAGAAUUGCCUGCGUCCCCCGAUAACGAUAAGACCGAUAAUAGUAUUGAGCGGUCAGUGGAUUGCGACGCGCCAGUUGAUAUCAAAGUGGUCGAGAACGAAGACUCUAUUUCUGUUUUAUCGCAGCCAGUAGAUACUAUGCCUGAUCAUUUAGACGCAGAACGGGCCUAUCACUCAACUAAUGAAUCUGAUGACUCAAGUGAUUCUGAAAGGGGUGACACUCGAAGAAGUUAUGACUUGACUAGCGGAGCGCCCGAUGAACCUGCGACAACCGAUGAGGAUUCCGAUGAUUCGGGAGGAGGUGGAGGACAAUUUUCUCGGGUGUUCGUAGUAAACCCGGCAGAUUCCUCGUCUGACUUAGAAGAUAAUGCUGAUAGUAGCGGAAUUGACUGUGAUGAUUCUUUUGAUAAAAAAUCUGACAACUUAGAUAUAGUUCCUCAAGAUGUUUUAGUACAUAAUAAUAAUAUUACUAACGAAAAUGAAGAAUCUAACAACAACUCGGAAAAUAACGAUAACCAACACAUAGUGCUAUUAGAAUCUGUGAAUUUUUCAGAAGACUGCCCUGUCAUUCCUUACGGAAGUUAUGAUGAACAAGUGAAUAAUGAAAACGUGGCGAUGAGAUCUGAAUUCAAAAAGUUUUGUGAUGAAAAUAUGCUACAAAGUGAAACCUGUGAAGAAUUUAAUAGUUUUAGUGCAAAUUAUAGCCAAAAUAGCAUAGAUAAAAUAAAUGAUCUCGAUGCGGAUUCUAAUCAACGAUUAAGCUUAUCUGAAAAUGACGAGUUUGACUCAUUUAAAAAAAAUUUUAAUACGGAGAGUGAUAUGAAAGUAAAAGUGUCGGUAGGGCUGCCCAUUGAAAAACAAACUGAUAAAAAUAUACUUUCAGAUGAAAUACCUUGCGUACUCUUAUCAAAAUUAUCACCAUCGCCGGAACCGGGUCAAGAAUGUUCAAACUCAGCUGUAGAAAAAAUUGACUUAUUUAGAGGUAUCGAACGGACGCUCAGUGAACUAUUGAAGAAAGAAUUAUUAGAGGACCAAGAGGCGGAUAAAAUGCACGGUGCGCGGCCGGUUUGCCCCGAGGCGGAGGGGGGCGCGUGCACACCUGACGCGACAACAGUUUGCCGCUCGCGCACCGCCCGUGCGGACGGCCACGCGCGCUUCACGAGUCGCGUUAUGAUAACGCACGACCGCGUCUCCGUCGUCACGUCGGACACGACGCGGCUCAUGCGAGAUAUCACAGUGCAUCAUACAAAUUCGCAAAACGAACCAGAAUCGAGCCCACGGACAAACGAAAACGACGAACGAAUAUCAGACGACGAAGCGCCGCAGCCUUCGGGCGGAGUGACUGUCGUUAGCAAUGCCGACACGCUCUCGGCGGUUGUGUGCCUCGAGGAGGGGCUCGCAGACGACGACUCGUGGGUCGAGGACAUCAGCCAUGACGAGAACGAGGCCACUUCACCCUCGGACUCGGAUUCGGAAGAUGAAGCGACGUUACCCGCCCGGGGGGAUGAUUUUGCCUACUGUAGACGUUCCUUAGACUUCACUCUACACACAAUCGUCGAAGAAAGUUGCGAAGAAAGCGAAACGGAACAAACAAAUAAAAAACCGCGACCCAUCUCGGCUACUGAAUUGGAAAAAUACUUUUUCUUCGGCUUAGGCGAUGGAAGAAAUGUACGAGAUGAUGAAGAAGCCCUGUCCGAAACAUCCAGUGUGUGUAGUGAGGGUGGUGAUUCAAUCGUGGAUAGUGAGCAACCAAAAAGAAAUAGUGAUAACGAUGAAUUGGUGUCUUCGCGCUUGGAAAAAUAUUUCUUAUCUGGAUUCAUGGGAUUCAACCAAGAAAACCGUGACUCCGACGGUUCUGGAAGUGUUGGGAGUGACAGUGAAGGUAAACAAAGCCCUGAACAAAGGAGAAAACGAUUAGUUCGCGCUCGAGGUACACCAAGGUCACAUUCGUCGUCUUUAGAUAAUUUGUUAACAGGCGAGGAGCCUUCCCAAGAUCUACAAGAAAUAUCAGAUGGAUCCAGUACAGAAACUGAAGACCGGCACGACUCAUCCGAAAGGUUAGAUAUGCAAAAUGAUACAAAACGUAAAAAACAAAGCAAAAAAACGCGGGGUUCGCCGGCAGAUGAGCGACGACAGUCAGUUGAGUUUGCAGAGGAAUCUCGCGAUGAUACUAGGUCCGUAUCGGAAGGCGAAGAUGGUAGGAUUACGCCACGUCCUGAGUUUCCACCACUUGGAUCUGAAUUGUCCGAAUCUAAGAAACAAACGAGCAGAGAUAGUGGAUUUGUUGGCAGCUGCGAUGAUUUACUAAGGAACGGGGAUUCCAGUUCAGAUUUUGCAAGAACUCAUGAACCAAAAACAGAACUAGAGGAGAUUGUUGAAGAAAUAAGAACGGACUCUGAGGAGCGGGUAGAAAGUUCUCCAUUACGCCCACCACCGAGUCCUUUAACACGUAAAGAUAGCUUUAAUAAUUGGUCUUCUGACGAAGAAACUAAUUUAAUGAUGACGAAGAUGCGACAAUUUUUCAAACAAAUGAUAAACACGAAUAACGUAAGAACAUCCACACCGGCGUCGUCAAAUUCAGAAAGCUCACGGCCCCCGAAGCCCCCUCAGCUAUUAUAUUUUGAGAGUGAAUUAACGAGAUUGAUGAAAACAGUUCCGGGUAUACGCGACGAGCAAGUUCGCGAAAUAGUCGAGUACUUAUCGAGUGAAGAUACUUGGAGUGAUUCGUACGACUCGUCUGAUUACGCUGGUUCAGAUUUGGAAGGCACGUCAGCAAACAGAUCCGCCUUACGGAAACAAAUAUCGGAGAGUUGUCGUGAGAUAAUUGAUGAGUUUGAUAAGGGUAACAGUGAGGCAGGGUCGUUGGAGCGCGACGCGGCUGGCGCUUACCGUAGAUUGGCGGCGACGUUAGGUAGGGCCGGGGAAGGAUCUCCGCCGCUGUUCGGUAAAGUGAUGAGGCACAUAGGAGGGCGUUUGGUGGCUUUAAUGCAUGAAGUGUCGGCUGGUGCGUCUCCGAGUACGGAUGACGACAGUGCUUCGGAACCAGGGGCAUUGGCGAGGAGUCGGUCACAUGAUAUUCUGGAAGCUACAGCGAGUAGGGGCAGUGUGGCAAGUGAUUGUGAACGGUUUUCGUGGCGGGGUAGUUUUGAGUCUGCGCUUUUAGCGGCAGACUCGAGGGGUACGUUAGGGGGCGCUGGGUGUGAGGCGAGGCGAUCGCCGGCGGGCGCGGAGCUGGCCGCCCAGAGAUCGCAUUCGAGGAGUUGUGGUGCCAUAGGCGGCAGCGAAGAUCGCCUGUGGCGAGGAAGACGGCGAGCUUCUGCCCCUGAUGCCGAGUCGGAGGAAGAAGAGCGCGCGGGCUCGUUACCCCGUCUGCCUUCGAUAACGGGCACGGCCACAGUCCCGGCCGGGCCCGUGAAGUCGGCCCGCUACAGGGCGCCCGGGUUCCGCACCGCCACGCGAGCCGCGUCCGCCCCGGGCCUGCACGCGCCCAGGAGGCGCAGACCACCACCGACGCUGCACCAGCCGCCGCCCGCGGCGCCUACCUCUGCCCCUAGCUUGCAAGAUGAAGUUUACGUUACGGAUUCAUUAUCACCAGGUCACGCCACCCUACCCAGGAGGUCCAACUCUCCAUUACCACACGAGAGAGAUAUGUUGGACAGAGAUCGGUUCCCAAGCAACAGAAGUGGGCUGCAGGCUCGUUCCGAAUCUAUGGCAUCGGUGUACUCGGGUGCGGGCGAAGGGACCCGAUGCAAUGUGACCGUUCGAGGCGAAGUGCAGUUCUCGUUGCUAUACAACUAUAGGCUAGGUGCCCUGGAAGUAGGCGUCAAACGCUGCAGAGAUCUCGCCCCGGUGGACACAAAGAGGAACCGGUCCGAUCCCUACGUCAAGGUAUACCUACUACCGGACAAAUCUAAAGCGGGCAAACGCAAGACCAAAGUUAAAAAGAACACACUGAGCCCUGUAUUCGAGGAGACGCUGAGCUUCGUACAGCCGCUGGCCUCGCUGUCCACGCGGACACUGUGGCUGAGCGUGUGGCACGCCGACAUGUUCGGCAGGAACGACUUCCUCGGUGAGGUGACGCUGCCGCUGGCCGACGUCGUGUUUGACGACCCCGCGCCCACGUGGCACAAGUUGCACGAGAGGACGGAACAAUUUGACGAGCAACAGGGCUCCCGGGGCGACUUGAUUGUUGGCCUGAAGUUUGAACUACACGAAACCGGAGCGAUGCGCGGCAAAGGCACCUUGCACGUGCUCGUGAAGGAGGCCAAGAAUCUCGUUGCUACCAAACCCACCGGACUGGCUGACGUCUUCUGCAAAAGUUACCUGCUUCCUGAGAGAGGCCGGCUCGCUAAACAGAAGACCAGCGUCUCCCGACGAACACUGAAUCCGCGCUGGGAACACACCUUCACGUACCGCGGACUCAAGAUGCAGGAGUUGAGCGAGCGGGCGCUCGAGCUCAGUCUGUGGGACCGCGACCGGCUCGCCUCCAACGACUUCAUGGGCGCCGUCAGACUGUCCCUGGGCACCGGAUCAUACAUGGGAGCAAAUGUCAACUGGAUGGACAGCAUCGGCAAAGAAGUCACUCUAUGGCAGACGAUGAUGCAGCGACCCAACUUCUGGGUAGAAGGCUCCGUGCCACUUCGGCCACAACUUCACAACUGA